AUGGCAAUACGGGGUCAAAAAGCAACAUGCCACGACGUUUUGGUGAAAUGCCUCGUGGGUUGUGGCGUCGAACCUAUAAGUAUUAAGAGCCCGAGCGUCGUUUUGAAACUUCGCAAACCUCAGUCUGAGCAAAAUGUUCGAUGGACAGAGGAAACGAUUGACAAUGAACACAUGGGAAAGAAAUCUUCCAAAUGUUGUUGUAUUUAUGAAAAACCUCGGAUAUUUGGGGAGGACUCAUCGUCAGAUGAUAAUUCUAGCGAUAGUGAUGACAAUGCUUACGAGAAGAAAACGAAGAAAGAGCGAGCGCAGAAGAAACGAUCGAAACAACAUGAUUGUAAUGAUCACGAUCACAGCCAGCAUUCUUCUGAUCUGCCAGGGCCACCCACAUGACACAAUAGUCUCAUCUUUUUAACUUUUAUACAUAUAUAUUUAUUUUUUAUUUUAAAUAAAAACUGAAAGAAGUUCUGAGGGAAGUUACAGACGACCCCUAAAGUGCCAAGAGCUACUGAGAUAAUAAAGGAUUAUAGCAAAGUCAU